AUGUCAGAAGAAACAAUAAUGUCUAUGAAUAAUCAGGCAAUUAAAAUUGAACCACCAGAAUAUUUAGUACAAGAAAUUGAUGAUAAACAUGAAUUUCUUGAUAUGAAAUCUGAAUCGUAUUUUGAGAAUGAUGAAACAUGUUUAGAAAGAUUCAUGAUAUCCGAAGUGACUAUAGAAGAAGAAGUCAAACAGGAGUCAAUCGGGACAGCCACUUAUGAAGCAGAUAAUUUAAAAGAGCAUAUGGUCAAGCCUAGUCAUAGCGAAGAACGCCCUUUCAAAUGUGAAAUCUGUCAUAAAACCUUCAAACGAUCAAGUCAUCUCAAAAGCCACAUGCUGAUGCACAGUGGAGUACGCCUCCAUGAAUGCGAUAUAUGCAAUAAGACAUUCACACAAUCAUUCACUCUAAAAAGACACAUGCUGGUGCACAAUGAAGUACGCCCCCUUGAAUGCAAUAUUUCUCACAAGCUGAUUCAUGAUGGAGUACACCCACAUCAAUGCGGUAUAUGCGAUAAAACAUUCACAGAAUUAGGAAGCCUGAAAAUUCACAUGAUCAAACAUAGUAGUGAGCGUCCCCAUGAAUGCAAGAUAUGCAAUAAGACAUUCCAAAUAGUAAGUCAUCUGAAAAGUCAUAUGCUGGUACACAGUGGAGUACGACCGUAUGAAUGCAAUGUAUGCAAUAAGAGAUUCACCCGAAUGAGUAAUCUAAAAAGACACAUACUGAUUCACAAAGGAGAAAAUGAAUGA